AUGCAAAAGUCCGCCACCAGCAGGCAGAUAUUCGACAUCAGGCUCCAACUUCUGAUGUCCUCCUUCAUCAUGAGGGUUGCCAGCGGCGUAGUCCACGGCGACAGUUACGUUCGAGCCCAGCUCGGAGUCCUCUACGCCCAAGCCGAUGAAGUGCUUGUCAAGGCUGAUGUCCACAGAGCGAUUGGCCGCGUGACCAACUCCAGGAAGAACACCAGCACCGCCUUCAACAUGAACACGAGCGGCCUCUGCGAGGCCAGGAAGAAAGGCCACUUCCACGCCAGCGGUUUCGGCGAUCCUGUCCUCGUGGCUGCCCUUAUCCAUGCUGAUGUCCGCGUGGCCAUGAGCCAGGAAAGAACAGGAAAAACGGACAUCUCCACGCCCGCGACUUCGACGAGUCCGAUUCGGAUCUCCAGGUCGCCGAGGCGCCGCCGUCGGAUGUCACCAUCUCCGACGCCCUGGUGGCAGCGGCCUCGGAGGGGCAGUCCGAACCCUCCGUGUAGACCUCCGCCUUGCCGUCGAAACCGUCCACCGCAUCGAGCGAGCCGCUGGUGCCGCAGGCGCGCUUCUCGCUCUGGGUGGCCUUCGCGGUCUCAAGCCAGGCCUUGA